CCUCUCUGGGCAAUCUGUUUAGAGCAGCGUGGGUGAGGUCUCUUUAAUAAGAACUUCCUUUGAGGAUUUAUUUAGAGAUUUAUUUUCCUCAGUCCUUCACCGAGAUUUUCAAGGUGGAAGGCGUGGCUCCUGGGAGGGCAAUCUGAGGCUGACUGCAGAGUAGCUGAACUGUCUCUGUUCUCUCCCAUAUUAGUUCCCAGUAGCCCUAUCUACGCAUUUGACAGCACUUUCAAUGCCUGGCUCUUCCUUAGUAGCGUUUAUAAUGGGAUAAAGAAAAAGUGCAUCCAACAGCCCUGCAUCUCUACCUGUCACUCUGAGACAACCACAGCGAUGCGUUCCUGUGAUCAAAGGCAAGAGAAGCAGUUCUCAAAGCUCAGCCAGGAGAGAACCUCCAGUGUUGACAAUGGCAACUCAUACAGCUGGGCACCAGUGUGGAAGGCCAACGAGAUGCAGUCCAUCCCCCAUGAAGUGAGCCAUAAACAGCGUCCAGCAGAAAGGCAAAGGGAGACAAAGAGCUUUUGGAUCAGGGAACAGCCCUGUGAGCAUUGUAAGGCUGAGAGGCUCCAGCAGUGGCUGCACCAGCACUUUAUUAAGCCUUCUGAGAAUUCUUCAUUAGAUAAGGACGUCUGGCAAGGUUAUCCAACGAGGAGAGUAGCUGCAGAGCUGAGUUCCUGAGUUCCUGUUCACCCAUGGCUUCGUUUCUGCUCCUACUGUGCAUUGUCUUCAUGUGAAACUUGCUGCAUCCUUAAUUUGCAUGAAGAACUGAAUCCAUAUGAAAUCACCACAUCUGAAGAUUGGAGAUGCUAGUUUCAAUAAAAAAUAUAUAUAAUAGAAUAUAUAACUUGUGAGCUGGAGCUCAUCCUUCAAAAUAACUGGUCUGUUCAAGUAUUUUUGAUAGGGUGAAAUCUUUCUGCUGUGGUAGGCUACUGGGGUAGGAGAAAAACCCAUGGCCAAGAAUCUACAGACUGAAUUGCCCUUCGCAUCAACCAUGAAGCUGAUUUUGAUCUUCAGUGCCCUCUUUGGGGCUGCCUUGUGCCUGGAAACUUUUGUUGGGCACCAGGUUCUCCGUAUCAAGACAAGAAAUGGGGAACAACUGAAGAAGCUACAGUUUUUGGAAACAUUGGAUCAUCUUGAGCUUGAUUUCUGGUUAAAUCCCUCCACCCCUGCCCUCCCUGUGGAUGUACGAAUCCCUGCUCACAGCCUCCAGGCAGUCAAAGUCUUCCUGGAGUCCCAUGGGAUUGAGUACUUAGUCCUGAUUGAAGACCUGCAGGUCGUUCUCGACAGAGAAAAGCAAGAUAUAGUUGCCAGUCAACAAAUGGAACGCAGCAGCAGCACUUUCAACUAUGGAACUUACCAUUCUUUAGCUUCUAUUUACCAAGAACUGGACAAUCUUGCAUCUGAGUAUGGCAGCAUUGUCAGUAAGAUCCAGAUUGGGGAAUCCUAUGAAAAUCGGCCGUUGUAUGCGCUCAAGUUCAGUGCUGGAAGAGGAAAGCGCCCUGCGAUCUGGCUCGAUGCUGGCAUCCAUUCCCGAGAGUGGGUUACCCAAGCGAGUGCAAUGUGGAUAGCUAGAAAGAUUGCCUCUGACUAUGGGAAUGAUCCAUCCAUCACCUCUCUGCUGAACAACCUGGACAUUUUCCUGCUGCCAGUCGCUAACCCUGAUGGAUAUGAAUUCACCCACACCACAAACCGCAUGUGGCGGAAGACCCGCUCCAAGAACUCAGGCAGUCUGUGUGUUGGAGUGGAUCCAAACAGGAACUGGGACGCAGGUUUUGGAGGUCCUGGAGCCAGUAGUAACCCCUGUUCUGACUCUUACCAUGGACCCAGUGCCAACUCAGAGGUGGAAGUUAAAUCAGUUGUGGAUUUUAUUACGAGUCACGGAAACAUCCAGGCCUUCCUCACCCUCCACAGCUACUCUCAGCUCCUGAUGUAUCCCUAUGGUUAUAAAUGCACUCCACCAGCAGACAACGCCGAGCUGAACACCAUAGCGAAAGCUGCUGCCAAUUCCAUCCAGUCCCUGUAUGGCACCACCUACACAGUGGGGAGCAUUUGCACUACUAUCUACCAAGCCAGCGGAGGCAGCAUUGACUGGAGCUAUGAUUAUGGCAUCAAAUACUCAUUUGCCUUCGAGCUGAGAGACACGGGUCGCUAUGGAUUCCUUCUUCCAGCUGCCCAAAUAAUCCCCACUGCUGAGGAGACCUGGCUGGGUCUGAAAACAAUCAUGGAAUAUGUACGAGACAACCCAUACUAAAAGCAGGGAUGGGAACC